AUGGACAAGGAAGAAAGUGAUAUCGAUAAUCCGGAUUAUAGACAAAAUACACCUACUAAAACAAAAUUGAAAAGAGGCAGCGAAGUUUCUAAAAAAGAUAGGCCCAAGCAUCGAUCACAAAAAUUUCGAAAUGAAUGGACAAAAUCUAAAGAUUUUGAACAUUGGAUUGCACCUGUCCCUCAAGAUGAAUACAAAGCAUUUUGCAAGUUUUGUAAAGUACCAAUGGUUGCCGAAAUGUCUGUCUUAAAGUCACAUAAUAUUGGAAAAAAACAUUCCCAAUUAUUGAAUGGUAUUAAACGUCAACCUCUAAUGUCUUGUUUUACUACACCUCAAGUUGAAGUAGAAGCAAACAUUAAAAAAAAAGAAAAAGUGUCUGUAGCUGAGAUUAGACUGGCUGCUUUUUUUGCGGAACACAAUAUUUCUUUUUUAACUAGUGAUCAUUUAAUUGAUUUAUUAAAAGAAACAUUUGACGAUUCAGAAACUAUUCAGGGAUUAAAUAUGAAACGUACAAAAACCACUGCUAUAAAUUAUAAUAAAAAAUGUUAUUGGCGCAUCACAAAAAUUAGAAUUGGCUAA